ACAGUUUAUUUCUGUUCUGUUGAGUUGCAGGAACGCGUUCUUUUCUACUUUCCGUUCGGUUUUAUUUCCUUAUUAUUAUUGUUAUUGUUAUUACGAAUUAGUUUCACGUUUCGUUUUGGCUUGGUUUUUUCCUUUUUUUAAACGGCACACAAUCAAUACAAUUUGAUAAAUAAUAUUCCAGAAAUUAUUUGCUUCGGUUAUUUGUAUGAGUAUAACUUUUACGUUUGUCUCGCCUUUUGUUUUGUGGAGCGCCUUCCCGUUCGGUUUCCGUUUGCUUCGGUUAUUAAUAAAAAUAUAAAACCAAAUAUCCCCUGAAAAUUGUUUCGUAAUCGCAUUGAAACACAUAAAUCGGCAAACAGUCUAAUUCGAAUUGCCUGGAUAGUUUUCAAACAGUUUUCGCACCAUGGUCGAAGGUCAGACAGCCGUGCAACAGCAGCAGCCACCAUCCGGAGCGGGCGGUGCUGGCGGCGUUGGAAACACUACCGGAUCUGGCGGAGGACCGACUCCUGCCAGCAAUGUGACCAAUAGCCAGGCUCAAACCAAUGGUGGUACAGCAGCGGCCACGACUGCGGCAGCGAGCACUGGAUCCACAGCAAAUGCGGCCAGUGGCCAAGCCUCUGCUAACAAUGCGACGAACAACAACAACAACAAUAGUAACAACAACAACAACAAUAACGCCACGGCAAACAACAACAACAAUAAUAAUGAACCAGAUCCCAAGACCAAUUUAAUUGUGAACUAUUUGCCGCAGACAAUGUCGCAGGACGAGAUUCGUUCGUUGUUCGUCAGUUUUGGCGAGGUGGAAAGCUGCAAGUUGAUUCGCGACAAAGUAACAGGUCAAAGUCUAGGCUACGGUUUCGUAAACUACGUUAAGCAGGAGGAUGCGGAAAAGGCAAUCAAUGCGUUGAAUGGCCUGCGGCUGCAGAACAAAACCAUCAAGGUCUCCAUUGCACGCCCCAGCUCCGAGAGCAUCAAGGGUGCCAAUCUCUAUGUAUCGGGUCUUCCAAAAAAUAUGACACAGUCGGAUUUGGAAUCAUUGUUCAGUCCAUACGGCAAGAUCAUAACCUCGCGUAUUCUUUGUGAUAAUAUCACUGGUCUCUCCAAGGGCGUUGGCUUUAUACGCUUCGAUCAGCGAUUUGAGGCCGAUCGGGCCAUUAAGGAGCUAAACGGCACAACUCCGAAGAAUUCCACCGAACCAAUAACCGUCAAGUUCGCCAACAAUCCUAGCAGCAAUAAGAACAGCAUGCAGCCGCUGGCAGCCUACAUAGCGCCCCAAAAUACGCGGGGCGGUCGAGCAUUUCCGGCCAAUGCUGCUGCCGGAGCGGCAGCCGCCGCCGCAGCAGCUGCCAUUCACCCCAACGCGGGCCGUUACAGCUCUGUAAUUUCGCGCUACUCGCCGCUGACUAGCGACCUGAUCACCAAUGGCAUGAUCCAAGGCAACACCAUUGCAAGCUCCGGCUGGUGCAUUUUCGUCUACAACCUGGCGCCAGAGACCGAGGAGAAUGUGCUGUGGCAACUGUUUGGACCGUUUGGAGCAGUGCAGUCAGUCAAGGUGAUUCGUGAUCUACAGAGCAACAAGUGCAAGGGCUUCGGAUUUGUAACCAUGACAAACUAUGAGGAAGCGGUUCUGGCCAUUCAGUCUCUAAACGGCUACACACUUGGCAACCGAGUGCUUCAGGUCAGCUUCAAGACCAACAAGAACAAGCAAACGUAAUUAUUAACCAAGUUGGCUGCUGUUGUCAAUGCCAAUGCGGCGGCGGCGGCUUUCGCGGCCAAUGGUCUAGUCCUCCACAAUCAUCACCACCACAGCAACAUCGGUAGCAUCAACAACAAUAAUAACAUCAACGGCAAUGGCUGCAACACAGCAGCCUAUCAACUUGGCAAAUACUUUAACCACAGCAACAACAGGCAGCACAACAUGAACAGUAACAACACUAGCAAUACGAGCAAACAGAAGCAAGCGAACUCGAGCAACAAGCAACAAUCAAUGGCGCCACCAAAGAGAUUAGCAAGCAGCACUGCGGCCACAGCAGGAGAAGUGGCAGGGAGCACAACGGCCACCAACAACAGUAGCAGCAGUCUCUCACAGUCCAGUGGCGAUGCCAGCGGAGCCACUGUCACCGCCGCAUCCUCCUCGCCGUCGUCGAGCAACAUCCUGAAGACAUCCACUAAAUUCAUUUACAACAAGCCCCAGAAUCACUACGAGCUGCUGCAGCAGCAGCUGCAACUGCAGCAGGAGUUCGCCCAGUUCUUGACAAAUGUGGCCAACACUGCCGCAGCCCCAACCAGCAACAGUUCUACCGGCUCGGGGAACCAGCGCAAUGGAGGAGGAUCCAUCGGCAUGGGUCUGGGAAUGACGACCAAUCAUUCAUCCGGUGGUGGUUCGGGCAACAAAAACAGUAACAGCAGCAACGGCUAUAUGCCCACCUGGUCUAAUUGGUUCUUUUAAAGUUUUUUUUUUUGUAUGUCAUCAGCCCAUUUCAUGGAUUCUUUGUAUAUUUUGGCAACUAUAUCUCAGCUUUGGUUAUUUGCACUUAGUUUGAAGAACGUGAAGCCUUUGAACAGUUCAUUUUCUGAGUUUUUCUUUUGUUUUGCAGUCGAAUAUAAGUUACUAUCGCUUUUAAAAAAUACUUUUUUUUUGUUAAUUAAGUUUUGAAAUACAGAAUUUUUUUUAUUUUUGCAUAUAUGUUUAUGGAUUAAAUUGAAUUCGUAGAACGUAACUUUUUCGUUGAUUGUUUUUUUAAAACGUCUAGUCGACUCUCGCAAAGAGAAUAGCUUCCAGAAAGAUAAAUGGAAACAGAAAAGGUAAAGCUGUAGUUAAGUUUUUGUUUGAUAUGUAGAAAAAAUGGAGCAUAUUCUACGGAUAUUUUUAAACAGAAAAAUACAUACAAUUUGCAGGCAUAGGAGCCCAAAUCCACCAAAGAAUUAAAAACAAACUUGACAAAUAUUUAAGCUAUAAAUAAAUGUAUAAAAUGAGAUACGAAAACAGAACUGAAUGCGUAAACAGAUAGAGGCGUUUGGCUCAUAGUCAAACCACUUUGCAAAUAGACAAUGCAAAAUGAGAAGGAAAGCUAGAUGCAAAAAACCAAACAAAGCAAACAAACAAAUAAGACAUACACGUGUUUAUGUUUUAUAAAUUUAAUGUAUAACUUUUGCUAAAAAUAAAUGAUGUAUGCAUAAUAUUACAAUUAAACCUUUUAUUCUACAUUAACAUUUGUUCAAUUGCCCAGUAAUCCUUCACCUAGCCACUAUCAUAUGUUAAUCAUUACCUAUAUUUCAGUAUAAAGCAUUAAUAUAGGCUCUCAAAACGUGGUAGUGUCAUUAGCGUGAAAUCGAGUAAGCAGGUUAGCGAUAAAAAAGAACUAAGAGAAAGGCACCCAUGAGAAUUUCUUCAAAUACAACGAAUAAAUAUUUAAGAAAAUUUGAAAAAAAGCAAAUGGAAAUAUAAUACCUGUCGAGUCAAAGAGAGAGAGAAUAAUAAUAAAAGUCAAUCAACGAUUGUUAAGCUUUUACAAAAGCCAGCUAAAUAAUAUAAGCACGCCACUCCAAUCGAAGUUAAUGUAACUAAAGACAAAGAUCAGAACAAAGUCCCUCCCUAGACAAACAAGAGACAAAAAAAAAAAAAAAAGAAAAGCUAAGCGAGAUGUACGUAACA